CGGUGCCGAAAAAUGGUUCUAUCAGUAAGUGUGAAAAAUGGAGUAGAGUUGUGAUUACUGCUGUUGUUGUUUUUGUUUUUACAAUAGGUACUUUUUGUUUUUGUUUUUCUGUUUUGGUUCGUCGGCUUGCGUUUUGGAAAUGGCGGAAAAAUUCGAUAAUCUCGAGGAGCAUCUAGAAAAAUUUGUGGAAAAUAUACGCCAGUUGGGCAUUAUUGUCAGCGACUUUCAGCCGAGUAGCCAGACAGGACUUAACCAGAAACUGAAUUUCAUGAUCACCGGAUUGCAGGACAUUGAUAAAUGCCGUCAGCAGCUACAUGAUAUCAAUGUUCCGCUGGAAGUAUUUGAAUACAUUGAUCAGGGCCGUAAUCCUCAGCUUUAUACUAAAGAAUGCUUGGAGAGAGCCUUGGCAAAAAAUGAGCAAGUUAAAGGGAAGAUUGAUACCAUGAAGAAAUUUAAAAGUCUUCUGAUCCAAGAACUGGGGAAGGUUUUCCCGGAGGAGAUGGCCAAGUAUAAAGCAAUUCAUGGUGAAGAUCCCCCCUCAUAGCCCUCAGGAUUCUGGCAGGCAUGGAACUGCCAUGUGUUGGACAAAAUGGUGUAAAUAUAUACAGUAUAUAUUUGUUUCUGCAAAGGGGUUUUGAGACUUCUUUUGAACUUUCUCAAAUGUUAACGUUUCCUACUGCGCGGCGAGGGGACGGUUGAGUAACAUUACAAGUUUCUUAAAACAAAGAUCAGUGCCAGUGCAGUGGGAGGUCAAGGCCACGACCUCAUCUGCAAGAGCUAAACCCUUUUGUACUGUUUUACCACAACCUGUUUUGUAAUAAAUAAUUUUGCUAAUACAAGAAA